AUGGAUCCUCUCAGAUCCGCCGAGGAAGAUCGCAAAUCCCAAGAGAUCGAAUCUGGAUCCUACACGCGUAGCUCGAAAGUCGAAUGUGAAGGCACUUAUCUCCCAGACUGCAAGGCUGACGACAAUGUACCCCAAUAUGCCGAAACAGAGGAGAACAGAAAGAGCAGGCUGGGGCAGGUCGAGCCUGGAAAGAUGACCGGAUGGCCUUAUUACGUGUUGAUGACUUCUACCACCUUGGCAGCUACAUUGAUAGCGUUCAAUGCCACCGCUUUGGGAACUGCUACUCCUGCCAUAACCGCCGAAUUCAACACCGUCAACGAUGUGGGAUGGUAUUCUUCUGCAUACUUGAUAGCGAACUGCGUCAUGGUGCCGUUCGUCGGUAAACUAUACAAGACGUUUCGGAUCAAGGUCGUGUUCGUCACCUUUAUAAUAGUAUUCGAACUGGGAUCCCUAAUCGCUGGUUUAUCGACGUCUUCUAUGAUGCUCAUCAUCGCGAGAGCAGUGACAGGUAUAGGAGGCUCCGGGGUCCUCAACGGCGCGUCCACUAUCGUCGCCGCCACCGUCCCCAUUGCGAAGCGAUCCUUUUUGAACGGCAUCGUCCUUGGCUGCUUCGCAAUCGGCCAAGCCGCUGGUCCCUUAAUCGGCGGAGCCCUGACACAAUGGAUAACAUGGCGUUGGUGUUUCUACAUAAAUCUACCGGUAGGAGGCGUCGUCGUGCUUCUGUUUAUAUUCGUGGUUAAGCUGCCUGUCACGAGACUCUCGGAGCAGCGCACGUCUCUCCUGGAAAGGGUUCUCGAUAUCGACUUCGUCGGCUUCUUCGCCUUUGCUGCCGCGUCCGUCAUGUUCCUGAUUGGCUUGCAAUGGGGUGGCACUGAGUACCCGUGGAACUCAGCGGUGGUUAUUGGGCUCCUCUGCGGUGGAGUGGUGAGCUACGUGGCGGUUGGAUGUUGGUUUGUCUAUAAGGGAGACUCGGCGUUGCUUCCGCCUAGGAUGCUGCGAGAUCGCAUAAACAUAAUGAUCUCCAUCACUUCGUUUGUGCAGAGUGGCGCGACCAUCAAUUCUUUGUACUGGCUGCCCGUGUGGUUUCAGGCCAUCCGAGGCGUAGAUGCCCUUCACAGCGGGGUGAUGCUCCUCCCACUGAUAUUCUCUCAGCUUUUUGGGUCUGUGAUAUGCGGAGCUAUCGUGCAGAAGACGGGCUACUAUCUCCCAGAGAUUGUUACCGGUAACGCCCUAGUAGCAAUCGGAGCUGGUUUGACGUCCACCUUCUCCCCGACUACCUCACUGGGAAAAAUCAUCGGGUAUCAGAUAUUCAUGGGAUUUGGCAGAGGCCUCGUCUUGCAACUGUUAGUUACCGCCAUACAGGCCAAUGUCCCAAAGGAAGAUGCCUCGAUCGCCACCGCAUACGCCAUGUUUUGCCAAUUCCUAGGUGGUGCAUUCUUUUCGGCCGUCGCCAAGACCGUCUUCACCAGCUCGAUAGGGAUAGCUCUCCACAAGUUUGCCCCGUCUAUUGAUCCCAAUCUGGUGAUCAACACUGGCGUAACGGAGAUAUCCAAGGUUGUGCCUCCAGAUCAAUUAACAAAUGCUCUCUUGGCUUAUAAUGAGGCUCUCAACCAUGUAUUCUACCUCCAGCUUGCAGCGGCGUGCUGCGCAUUUGCGAGCGGCUGGGGAAUGGGGUGGAGGAAUCUAAAGGAUGUCAAGCAAGAGCAUGACGAUGCUGUAGCUAGAGACGACGUUGGCUUGGCAGCGGUAAGGUCUAACUUGCAAGAAAAAGUGUAG